GCAAAACACCCUCAAAACAAGGCCUUCAGUCACAACCUGAAAAUAUAUUCAGACCAUAUUCAUUGCGGCCCGUCAACAGCUUGAAAAUAAAGCACAAAACAAUGCAGAAAAUGCUCUUUAAAUUUAUAUCUGGGGUAAAAUAGACCUUUUCGGGGGUCUCGGAAAUUGCCCAUAAAAACCCCAUUUUUACAUAAACCCGGCAAUCACAUUUAACUUUCCGGGUAAGAAUACGCACACAGUCGACAACAUGCUUCGCACUAUCAAAGCAAAUGCUUUCAAACUAACCCAAACAAAAUGGGUCAUUACCAUUGAACUUUUUUGCACUGCUAACUUAUUUAAACCCACCGUUGAAAUCUGUCAAAUGCCGGCUGUUUCAAGCAGAAAGUACAUGUGUUUACUUCUCACUCAGCAUGUUGUUGUUGUUGACUAAAAUUCAGGUCAUUUAGUUUCGAAUUACUCAAAACAUGUGAAAUUACUAGAAUAUUGACCAUUUAUACUUACAUUUCAGCUCCUGGAGUCAAAAAAACAAUUUCUUUUAGGCCAUACACCUUAAAUUCAGGAAAUUGACCGGGGCCAAUGCGCAGAUAAGGCUAAAAAACUGUAGACUGCCUCCUUAAGAUAGCAGUCAAAAGUUUUAAACCCAUCUAAAUUUGAAUUAUUUGUAUACUUCAGUCAAUUCUGGAUGAAACUGGGUGGUUUUCUUUGUGAAAUAACUACAAUGUACAAUUGCAUACUAUUUUUAGUGAGCAUAUCAGAGGCGGCAUUUUCACACAACUUUUUGGUCAUUUUUUUGGUUUUCUACCCAAGUCUAAAAAUCACUCAGUUUGCACAGAUAUGAAAUGUAGGUAUAAUCAUAUUGCCACAAAUGACUCCUAAUGAGUUUCAUCUUUGAUCCUGAGUAAAAAAUUGUUCACAACACUGGUCCAAGUUAAAAAAUAAAAUGAAUUUUGAUGAUUUUUUCGAUAAAAUCAGUGUGUUUUACUCACUUUUCAUCAAAGUUGAUGCACAUAUAGGGGUUUAAAUGGUUUGAAAGGCACUAAAUGUUGUAUAAAUAGUUGAUUUAAGUCAACUUGGUAUUACUUGCAUAAAUAUCUAAGCCUAUGGCACACAGAAACAGAGACUACAGCUCUAAAGCAGAUGUGCUUACAAUGCAAGGGAGGUAAUUCCUAUAGCCAUAUUUGACCAUGAAGUUCCAAGUCUUAAUACACUCACAUUUUUUAGUCUAAAUAUUUGUCUUAUGGUAAUAUGAUGCCAUUGAAGCAAGAUUAGAGCCCCAAAACAAUGACCUGGUGAUAUUUUGCAGAUAAAACCUUCAUUUGUGGGAGUCUUUAUAGGCCAGGGUAUCAUUUUUGUGAAAGUUGCUAUUCAGUCAACAUCUAUUUUUCUACUUUGGACAUACAUUUGUACUUAGUGUGAAAAUGCCUUUUAAUUACAGAAAAAGCGCGGGGAAUAUUAGCACACGCAGGAGUAGAGGCAAGAAAGCCACCCAGUUUAAGCUGGGACACAAGCCAAAAUGGACUACAUCCACUGAAAUACACCAACCUGGAGUUUCCAGUGCAAGUUCCGAGGCGCCGAAAGCUUCUAAACGACUGGUACGGCUGACAGACAAGGAAGCCAGGGACAGUCAAUUCGUCAGAACCACAGCAGGGUUAGCACAGGCAGACACUCUGGCAUACACUCUCAGACCUAAACCUGAAAAGGAAGAAAAAACAGAUUGUGAGUGUGACCGCAAUGAAAAUUUCAUUGUGAAUAAUGAGAAAAUGCUGGCACUUAUUAAAGAUGUACAUGCAAGUGGUUGUAAGAAACCAAACAUGAAAAUGAAAGUUACACGUGCUGGUCUGUGUGUCUACAUCUGUGUAAAAUGUAGUUACUGUGGAUUUAAUUCGCAAACAUUGCCAAUGUCGGACACAAUCCAGACCGCAAGAGGCCCCCCUGCAGGAUUUUUGAACUAUUUAGUAGCAAUGCCAGUGCUAAAAUCUAAAAUUGGAAUGGAUGAUGUAGCUACUGUAUUAACAUGGCUUAAUAUUAAGGCGCCAUGCAAGCAAACAUUUCAAAAAAAGUUUAAUGACUUGGGACAAGCACAAACAGAACUGAGCGACAAACAAUUGGAACUAAAUCAGGACUAUGUCGCAAAUGUCAUGAAAAAAGCCGGCUUCGAACCUGAAGUUGACAUCCAAUUUGACGUCGCCUACACAUGUCGACCCCAGGGGGGAUGCGAAAAGUCUACACAAAGCUUUGGGGCCCUGGUAGAACACAAUACAGGUCAAAAACUCCCACUUGCCAUAGCCAUGGCCAACAAGCAUUGCAGAAAAAGGUACUGCAGGCAUGAUAACUGCUCAAAAACCUUUGCAGCUGAGGCCUCGAUUGCAAGCAGUGAGCGAGUAUUACUUCACAGGUCAUUGGAUAAAGUGAAAGAUGGUCCUUUGGCAGUAAGGUCAAUAACCACCGACUCUGGUACGCAAUCGGCAAAGGCUAUACGGGAUUACUAUGAGCUUAAAAAGCAAACAAAUCACUUAAAAAAGCAGACGGCCACCCACUACAAGUGCUUUGUUCACAAGCUGAGAGCUCUCGAAAGACAUGUGCGUGCCGCAAAGUCAGACAUCAAAUCCAUUCCAAAAAAGUACAACAAAGACGAAUACAUGCGUAAGCUGGCCAGCUGCCUCCGCUGCCGAGUGCGCAUUGAACUGGAAAGACUGCGAAAACAGAGCUGCAGUGAUGAGCUUUUUCUUCGAUCGGCCAAAUUUGCUAUAGAAAACAUCAUGCAUUGCUUCUCCGGAGAUCACAAGAUGUGCAAGGAACGCUCACGAGUGUGCACCUAUCGAGUGACCAGCUCGUACAAACAUUUGCCCUAUGGAGAGCCACUAGCACUCCAGGAGAGUGACAAGAAAAUUAUUUUAGGAAACAUUAAUAAAACAUUUGAUGCCACGGGGUUGAAAGAAGUGGCAAAGCUCUUUAACACAAAUGCUUGUGAGAGCUUAAAUGCAUCUGUGUUUCAUUAUGCCCCCAAAACUUCAUUCUAUGCUAGAAACUUUGCAGCUCUGUGUCAUUCUGCAGUUCAUACAAGGUCUAUGGGGCCCAGCAAAUCAUCAAUGAAGGUGGCAGAAAAGGUGACAGGGAAAAAAAUCAGUUUACAUAGCAUGAUAUACAACCAACUGAAGGCCAAGGAUCGCAGACGGGAAUAUGACAGCCGCAGGAAGGCCUCAGUGCGGUACAAAAUAGUCAGAUUCUACCUUAGAAAGCGGCACGCAAACAGAGCCCUGUACCGGGACGGUCUAUAUGCCUCUGAAAGUAUGCCAUCUACAAGUGCUGCUGACCAUAGCUAUGGACUUAAAGUGUAAAGCAGAAAACCUUGUGAUGUACAGUACAUGCAAACUGCGAACGGCAACAUAACAAUAACCUAACUUGUAUAUUUACCGCAGACCACAGACAGCAUUCCCUGAAGCCCCUGUGACCCGAGCAUUGACCAUUUGUAAGGCACACUUUGCGGGAAUUAUUAACAGUUACUGGCUCAUACGAUAAAUGCUCUAUAUUAAUGCAAAGCUUAUUGUGGCAGAGGUGUGAGAUAUGGAAAUUGCGCUGCAGUGCACUGUGUCCGGGAUCACACAAAUAGUACUUGAGACGGUGGACUUUUAGCUUGAUGCGCUUGCCCGAUACAACAACACGGUGCACACCAUAGCCGUACCUAUCUGUUUCACCAGUCCACAGGCAACACAGACCAACCAACUCACUCUUUUCACCCAGAACAGCUUCCAGUUUCACUACAAGCUGAUCCGGGGGAAAACUCGAAAAAAAAGCAGCGGCCAUGAGUCACAGGGUCUUAAGCACAGAUGAAUCUGAAGAAAAGUGAAAAAAAGCGCGGGGAAUAUUAGCACACGCAGGAGUAGAGGCAAGAAAGCCACCCAGUUUAAGCUGGGACACAAGCCAAAAUGGACUACAUCCACUGAAAUACACCAACCUGGAGUUUCCAGUGCAAGUUCCGAGGCGCCGAAAGCUUCUAAACGACUGGUACGGCUGACAGACAAGGAAGCCAGGGACAGUCAAUUCGUCAGAACCACAGCAGGGUUAGCACAGGCAGACACUCUGGCAUACACUCUCAGACCUAAACCUGAAAAGGAAGAAAAAACAGAUUGUGAGUGUGACCGCAAUGAAAAUUUCAUUGUGAAUAAUGAGAAAAUGCUGGCACUUAUUAAAGAUGUACAUGCAAGUGGUUGUAAGAAACCAAACAUGAAAAUGAAAGUUACACGUGCUGGUCUGUGUGUCUACAUCUGUGUAAAAUGUAGUUACUGUGGAUUUAAUUCGCAAACAUUGCCAAUGUCGGACACAAUCCAGACCGCAAGAGGCCCCCCUGCAGGAUUUUUGAACUAUUUAGUAGCAAUGCCAGUGCUAAAAUCUAAAAUUGGAAUGGAUGAUGUAGCUACUGUAUUAACAUGGCUUAAUAUUAAGGCGCCAUGCAAGCAAACAUUUCAAAAAAAGUUUAAUGACUUGGGACAAGCACAAACAGAACUGAGCGACAAACAAUUGGAACUAAAUCAGGACUAUGUCGCAAAUGUCAUGAAAAAAGCCGGCUUCGAACCUGAAGUUGACAUCCAAUUUGACGUCGCCUACACAUGUCGACCCCAGGGGGGAUGCGAAAAGUCUACACAAAGCUUUGGGGCCCUGGUAGAACACAAUACAGGUCAAAAACUCCCACUUGCCAUAGCCAUGGCCAACAAGCAUUGCAGAAAAAGGUACUGCAGGCAUGAUAACUGCUCAAAAACCUUUGCAGCUGAGGCCUCGAUUGCAAGCAGUGAGCGAGUAUUACUUCACAGGUCAUUGGAUAAAGUGAAAGAUGGUCCUUUGGCAGUAAGGUCAAUAACCACCGACUCUGGUACGCAAUCGGCAAAGGCUAUACGGGAUUACUAUGAGCUUAAAAAGCAAACAAAUCACUUAAAAAAGCAGACGGCCACCCACUACAAGUGCUUUGUUCACAAGCUGAGAGCUCUCGAAAGACAUGUGCGUGCCGCAAAGUCAGACAUCAAAUCCAUUCCAAAAAAGUACAACAAAGACGAAUACAUGCGUAAGCUGGCCAGCUGCCUCCGCUGCCGAGUGCGCAUUGAACUGGAAAGACUGCGAAAACAGAGCUGCAGUGAUGAGCUUUUUCUUCGAUCGGCCAAAUUUGCUAUAGAAAACAUCAUGCAUUGCUUCUCCGGAGAUCACAAGAUGUGCAAGGAACGCUCACGAGUGUGCACCUAUCGAGUGACCAGCUCGUACAAACAUUUGCCCUAUGGAGAGCCACUAGCACUCCAGGAGAGUGACAAGAAAAUUAUUUUAGGAAACAUUAAUAAAACAUUUGAUGCCACGGGGUUGAAAGAAGUGGCAAAGCUCUUUAACACAAAUGCUUGUGAGAGCUUAAAUGCAUCUGUGUUUCAUUAUGCCCCCAAAACUUCAUUCUAUGCUAGAAACUUUGCAGCUCUGUGUCAUUCUGCAGUUCAUACAAGGUCUAUGGGGCCCAGCAAAUCAUCAAUGAAGGUGGCAGAAAAGGUGACAGGGAAAAAAAUCAGUUUACAUAGCAUGAUAUACAACCAACUGAAGGCCAAGGAUCGCAGACGGGAAUAUGACAGCCGCAGGAAGGCCUCAGUGCGGUACAAAAUAGUCAGAUUCUACCUUAGAAAGCGGCACGCAAACAGAGCCCUGUACCGGGACGGUCUAUAUGCCUCUGAAAGUAUGCCAUCUACAAGUGCUGCUGACCAUAGCUAUGGACUUAAAGUGUAAAGCAGAAAACCUUGUGAUGUACAGUACAUGCAAACUGCGAACGGCAACAUAACAAUAACCUAACUUGUAUAUUUACCGCAGACCACAGACAGCAUUCCCUGAAGCCCCUGUGACCCGAGCAUUGACCAUUUGUAAGGCACACUUUGCGGGAAUUAUUAACAGUUACUGGCUCAUACGAUAAAUGCUCUAUAUUAAUGCAAAGCUUAUUGUGGCAGAGGUGUGAGAUAUGGAAAUUGCGCUGCAGUGCACUGUGUCCGGGAUCACACAAAUAGUACUUGAGACGGUGGACUUUUAGCUUGAUGCGCUUGCCCGAUACAACAACACGGUGCACACCAUAGCCGUACCUAUCUGUUUCACCAGUCCACAGGCAACACAGACCAACCAACUCACUCUUUUCACCCAGAACAGCUUCCAGUUUCACUACAAGCUGAUCCGGGGGAAAACUCGAAAAAAAAAGCAGCGGCCAUGAGUCACAGGGUCUUAAGCACAGAUGAAUCUGAAGAAAA